CCGCAACAAAAUUGACGUCGAAUGCCUAUUGAUGCCUGCGACACAGUCACAUUUAAUUUCCUGCCUCAUCAUGCGAUAGUCCUCUCCGAUUCGACGACAAAAGAAACCUGACCUAGAAGAAACCGAUGCGUCGCCUUCGCGUGUCCACAUUCCAGGCGUUGCGGUGACAACUAAGGCAAGAUGCCUGUGGCUACAGAAGUCUCAAACCAGUGGCCGGGCAAAGAGCAGGUCAUUAACGAUGCUCCAAAAGUGAUUAAAGAAUUACAUUUCGGCGUUUUAUCUGAUCAAGACAUCAUUAAUCAGUCUCAAGUCGAACUCGCCGACCGCCGACUGUUCGAUCUCGACAAAGGUCGCACCUACGCUGAAUAUGGACCUCUGGAUAGGCGCAUGGGCGUCUCCGGAAAGCGAGAUACUUGCGCAACUUGCGGUGAACAAUUACAGACCUGCAAUGGUCAUUUUGGUCACGUUCGUCUAGUUCUUCCGGCAUUUCAUGUGGGAUACUUCAAAAAAAUCAUUCAAAUAUUGCAGAGCAUUUGCAAGGACUGUUCCUGCAUCCUCCUGUCAGAAACCGACCGCCGGAAAUUCAUAAGUGCACUCCGCAGAGCACAGCACGACAGUCUCAGACAGGCUGCGAUCGUACGAAGAGUUGCAGACCAAUGCCGGAAGACAAAAACAUGUUUUGAGUGCGGUGCGAUCAAUGGUCUUGUCAGGAAAGCUGGGACAUAUUCCUUGAAAAUUUCUCAUGAUCGUUUCAAAUCUUACAAUUCUUCUACGGCACAAAAGAAAGUUCCUCCGCCUGAAAAGGUCGAGUUCGACCAAUCAUUCAACCAUGCAAAGCAGUCAAAUUCGGAGCUUGACAAACACCUCAAGAAGGCUAUGGACGAUUUAAACCCUCUACGAACUCUCAAGUUGUUUAGACGCAUACGACAGGCUGACCGAGAAUUGCUAGGACUGCGCUCAGCCAAACCGGAGUCAUUCUUAUGGCUGUACAUUCCAGCGCCACCGGUGUGUAUCCGGCCAUCGGUCGGACAGGAAGGAGCCAGCACAGAGGACGAUAUCACUGCGAAGUUGGGUGACAUUGUCGCUGCAAACACCGCUCUGAGAGAAGCUAUCGAGAAAGGCGCCCCUGUUCAGUCUGUUAUCGAGCAUUGGGAUUACCUCUCCCUUCAACUGGCCAUGUACAUUAAUAGUGACGUGCCAGGCCUUGCAAAGGGGGAGUUCGGAAAACAGAUCAGAGGCUUUGUUCAGCGCCUCAAAGGCAAACAGGGCCGCUUCCGAGGUAACCUAUCCGGCAAACGGGUUGACUUUUCUGGUCGUACGGUCAUCUCUCCCGAUCCGAACCUAAGCAUCGAUGAAGUCGCUGUACCUAUUCUGGUCGCCAAGAACAUGACAUAUCCAGAAGUUGUCAAUGAGAUCAACAUCGAAAAGCUGCGAAAGAGAAUCCGAAACGGUCCCAGUGUUUGGCCUGGAGCAAACUACGUUUGGAAAAAAGAAGGAGAUUUCCGGAUCUUCUUAAGAUACGGCAAACCACACGUUGUUGCGAAGGAACUCAAAGAAGGGGACAUUGUCGAGCGCCACUUGGAAGAUGGAGACAUCGUCCUGUUCAAUCGUCAGCCAUCCUUGCACAAGCUCAGUAUUCUCAGUCACUUCGUCAAAGUUCGACCUCACCGUACCUUCAGACUCAAUGAAUGUGUAUGCAACCCCUACAAUGCUGAUUUCGACGGAGACGAGAUGAACUUGCAUGUGCCUCAGACCGAGGAAGCACGAACAGAAGCGACACUUUUGAUGGGCGUCAAGCACAACAUUGUCACUCCAAAAAAUGGUGAGCCCAUCAUCUCGGCCAUCCAGGAUUUUAUCACUGCUUCUUUUCUUCUCAGCUCUCUCGAUCAAUUCUUUGAUAGAAAGACGUUUGUUACGAUUUGCAUGGGGAUGCUGGAACCUGACACAAAAUUCGAACUUCCUCCACCAGCUGUAAUAAAACCGGAAACCCUUUGGACGGGUAAACAAGUCUUCAGCACCAUGAUGAGACCGAACAAACAGUCACCUGUGACAAUCAAUCUCGAUGCUUCCUGUCGAGAUCACAACCAGUACCAUCCAGGACUACAUCGGGAUCUACAAGAUGACAGUUUUCUAUGUAUUCGCAACUCUGAAGUUCUCUGCGGCAGAAUGGACAAGGCGACUGUUGGCUCUGGUAAGAAGAAUUCGGUUUUUUACAUUCUCUACCGUGACUUUGGUCCAGACGCAGCUGCACAAGGAAUGAAUCGAUUGUCAAAGCUCUGUGCGAGAUGGUUGGGCAACCAGGGAUUCACCGUUGGCAUUAGUGAUGUCACUCCACCUUCGUUGCUGGUUAAAGAGAAGGCGGACAUGAUUGCAAAAGUUUUUGAAGAAUGCCUUGAAUUCGUCAAGACAUCCAAGGCCGGAAAGUUGAAGAGAAAGCCUGGUCUCGACGAUGCAGGUUCACUCGAGGCUGAACAAAUCAGAGUACUGAGUACUGUUCGUACAAAUAUUGCAGGGCGCUUGACAUCUCAACUCAGCAAGAGAAACACUCCCAUGGUCAUGGCCAUUUCGGGUUCCAAGGGUUCGAACAUUAACGUCACACAGAUGGCUGCGCUUCUUGGACAGCAGGAUAUCGAAGGCAAACGUGUGGGCGAUGGCUUCCAAGACCGGACGUUGCCGCACUUUGCCAAACAUGAGCGAUCGCCACCAUCGAAAGGAUUUGUAUCGAAUAGCUUCUUCAGCGGGCUACUCCCUUAUGAAUUUCUGUUCCAUGCAGUUGGUGGUAGAGUCGGUUUAGUCGAUACCGCUGUCAAGACUGCAGAGACUGGUUACAUGUCACGUCGGCUGAUGAAGUCCCUUGAAGAUCUCUCUACACAAUAUGAUCGGACGGUACGGAACUCGGCAUCUAAUAUUGUUCAGUUCCGCUUUGGUGACGAUGAGUUGGAUCCAGUCGACAUGGAGGCCAGUGCAAAGCCUGUGGACUUUGAACGCACGUUCGCUCAUGUCGAAGCCACUACCUUCGAUAUGAACGACCCUGGUCUCAGUGAUACCGAGAUCUUUACGAUCAUGGAAGAAAUUCUCGCACCAAACCGUGCUCUUCUCACCCGUGUUGAUCUCGACGGUAAAGAGCUCCCGUAUGAUAACGACGACGACAGGUUCGUUGAUCAGCACGAAAGUCACCGUGCAUUUUUACAAUCUAUCCACGAUUUCGUCAUGGCUAAGAUCCGGUCGGUCGAGGAUGCGAAAGUACAAAAGAAAUCAUUUGCUCUUCCACCACCAACAGCUUCCAAUUCGAGCAAGCGCAAGGUCGACACUGAUGCCGACGACGUCGAAAUCGACUCUGUGGCAAACUCAACUAGACGCUCUAGCCGCAAGGGAGCCUCCGUUGCACCACCCGUGUCACCAAAGGCCGUCAAAAAGCAGAAGAAGUCCGAGUCGAAUGAUCAAUCCGUCGCUCGAGUCCAAGCAGCACCGUCCACAAAGGACCGCUUCGAGAUGACCUCGAAGGUCUCCGAGAAGACUCUCAAAGCAUUUAUCAACCUCUGCCUGGAGAAAUAUGAACGUGCUCGUGUUGAGCCAGGUCAUGCCGUCGGCGCCGUCGGUGCACAGUCCAUUGGUGAGCCAGGCACACAAAUGACACUGAAAACUUUCCACUUUGCUGGUGUUGCAGGAAUGUCGCUCACGGCUGGUGUACCUCGUAUCAAAGAGAUCAUCAACGCAUCGAAGGAAAUCAGCACACCCGUGAUCACGUGUCGCCUUGAGCGUCGUCGAGAUUUGUCCAUUCCAGAAUCACUUGGGCGUAUUGUGAAAGGUCGCAUCGAGUGUCUCUACCUCGAAGACGUGGCAGAGAAUAUUGAAAUCUCACUUCCGAUGAUACACACCAUCAACAUUGCUCUCAAGAUCAGCCUUGAUACGAUUACCGAACUUGGUCUCGAUUUAACCAUCCAGGAUAUCUGCCUUGCAAUCCAGCGCCAUCGACAGCUCAAAGCCGCAAAACUGCGCAUCCGAGUCAAAUCUCCAAGUGAAGCCAUGAUCGAGACUGAAAGUGCCAUCAAGUCGGCUAAGCGCGGUAAUGCCGCCAAGAUCGACGAAGAAGGGCAAACUGAGAAACUCCUACGACUACGAGCCCUCCGCAGAAUAUUGCCGAGUGUGCACGUGCUCGGCCACCCGCUGGCGACGAGAGCGGUCGUGAUGGCUGAAGAUGACCCCCGAAGCGAUGAGAUCAAGGCACUCAGUGCCAAGUCUGCCCGCAUCAAGGCGGAGGCCCAGCAACGCAAGCUGGCACAAUCCCAGGUCAAAGACGAGGAAGGUACAACAGCUUCGGCUUCACCUGAAUCCAGGGUCAAGAAUGAAGAAGCGGUUCCGUCGAACCCGGCCCAAGCUCCGACCAAAGACGACGGAAAGCCCGUUCAAAUGCACAAAGUCAUGGUGGAAGGAUAUGGAUUGCGCUAUUGCAUGAACACCGAGGGUGUCGACGCGUACCACACGCAGACCAACAGUGUCGUCGAGACACUCCAAGUCCUCGGGAUCGAGGCUGCCCGCGCCAAGAUCAUCCUCGAGAUCCAGGAGGUCAUGAAGUCUCUUUCCAUCGACCCUCGACACAUGGCCCUGCUCGCCGACGUGAUGACCUACAAGGGUGAGGUUUUAGGAAUCACCCGAUUCGGCCUGGCCAAGAUGCGGGAUAGUGUGCUGCAACUGGCCAGUUUCGAGAAAACAGCGGACCACGUCUUUGACGCGGGCAUCGCGGGCAAGAUCGACAAGAUCGAGGGUGUGAGUGAGAGUGUCAUUGUGGGGAAGACGAUGAACGUCGGCACCGGAAGUGUCGAGGUCGUGAGGUACCUCAAUGUCGAUUUGGAAGGCAAGGACAAGGGCAAGAAGCCGGCCGUUUUUGAAGAUGCGUGGAACAAGGCGGUCAAGGUUGGAAGGAAGAAGACGGCAACAUGAGAGCCGUUGGUUGUUCAUUGGACGCCUGUAAGAGACGCUGGCUCCAUGGAUAAAUGUAUCAUGAGCAUCUGAGACGAUGAAUUAUUGCGAUUUACAGGAUAGGCAUCUUCUAUGCUAGAGGUCCAUAAUUGAUACACCUUGAGCGAUGAGGUUAGACG